UACCUGUUGGAAGGAACGGAACUCCAAAACUCUACACUUGAUAGUUGAGGUCCUCAUUGUCGAUGAUGCUAUAAUGUGGCUAUAAUACACUUCGCACAUGUUUUCGGGAUGAAAUUCAACAUUUGAAAAAGUGAAAAACCAAACGCAAUAUGACAGAAGUACGCAAACAAAAGCGCAAGAAGAGGUUCAGAGCGAACGUGAAUCGCAAACGUUUGCGAAACAAACUUCAAAAACUACCGAAAAUCGAUUGCAAAGAAAUUGAGAAUGAGUGGGAGCGCAAGAAAUCGAUACGCUCAAAUUUAAAUGAAAUGGGCCUAACAUACGAUCCUAACGAGGUUUUGCAAAUUCGUUCAAUAAAGCAAGAUUUGAUUGGAGUUAUUAAGCGGGAUAAAAUUAUCACCGAGAAUAAUGUUCAGGAAGUAGAUGAAGAAGAUUCUACGAAUCAAAUAAAUCUUUUCAAACGAAAGAUCCAUGUUGCCAACGAUCUCGAAAAUGAAGCCAAGGCACCAAGGGAACGCUUAUUCCGUCUGCCCAAGAAUCAGGUUCAAUUUAUCACUUAUAUGAUGGAAAAGUAUGGAGAUGAUUAUAAGGCUAUGGCUAGGGAUAAAAAGAAUUAUUACCAAUUGACUUGGUGCCAAAUCCGAGGUAAGAUAGACAAAUUCAAAAGUAUACCAGAGCAGUAUGCAGAAUACCUUUUGAAGACUGGUGAAAUUGUACUCGAUGAUCCAACGCCGCUUGAAGCAACCAAGAAAAGGAUCGGCGAAGAGAAUGCAAUGAAAUAUUCUGUUCCGAACAAACAGAAAGUUGUAAAAAAAAGAAAAUCACUGUGGGAAGUUGAGUCCAUUGGAGAUGACGAUGAGACUGAUGAAUUCCAUAUUGGCAAUAAAAAUUUGAGUGAUGAUACAAACAAUGCCAAUAGUAUUCACAGCAAGAAUGGAUUGAAAAAAUUGAAACUAUUCUCUGACGAUGAGAGUGAUGCUGAACAUGCUGAUGGAUUUGUUAAUCUGAGCGAUAUGGGCGAGGAAGAACUUUCGGAAGAUGAUAUAUUAGACGAUGGUGAAUUCCUAACAGACAGCAAUGAUGAGAGUGAUUAAAAUAGUACCCUCUUUUUGUAUUGUACAAAAUUCAUAUCUUUUCUGACCCAGUAUUGCUGUAAAUAUAAUAAUAAAAAUUCUGUUAUAAAAAUCUAAAUUCUUUGGUAAAUGCAGCAUCUAGAUUUUUCGUUUCUAUUUCCAUUUUAUUUGGUGCUACAGCAUUUUUAGCGGAAUGAAAACUCUGUGAUAUUAUUGAAUGAAUUUUUAUUAUAUUAAUGACAAGUAACAGUACAUCGAUUUCUCAUAUGGCACUACCCUGACGGUUAAAUGUUGUUUUCAUUUUCCUCAGAUUUUUAUCAAUAGAAAUUAUUACCAUUUUUGACAUGCAAAUGCCGAAGCCUGAAAGAGAACUACAUUUUAACACGAUACACGUUCACUAUUGACCCUGUGAAUUCAUGAGGAUUUUUUCUAUCAGCGAAAAUCAAUACAGGCAGUACCUCACGGGGUGUAAUAAUAAUUAAUCAUAGGUUUACAGAUUUGUAACAGUGAAUGCAAAUACAAAAGAGCCAAAAUAUGAGCGCUCUUCACACUUCAAAAAUAUA